AUUUAGCAAAUUAUUUAAUUAUUAUUAAUAAUGAUCAUUAUUAAUAAACUAUAUGGAAUUAUAAUUAUGAUAUAUUAAAGAAAAAAAAAGAAGGAUUUCAUUAUUACGUAAUCAUAUUAGAAUUCAUCUAUUUUUUCAUCUAAUUAUCUUAUCUCAUAUUAGUAAUGAUAUAUAAUUUAACAUGUUUUAAUGCACUAAUUGAUUUUACUAAUGAAGGUAUUAUGAUGUAUAGAUUUCGUGCUUAUAUAACACCAUUAAUUGUAUUAUUUGGUAUAAUUGGUAAUAUACUUGUUAUUAUUAUAUUUAUUAAAAUGCAAAAAAAAUCAUCAUGUCGUUUUAAUUGUUAUAUAAUUGGUAUUACAAUAGCACAUAUAAUGGAAUUAAUAUUUAAUGCAUUUUUAGAUGAUUUUAUUGGUAGAGGUUUAGCAUGGUUAACAAAUUGUAAUAUUAAUAUUAAAUUAGAUACAUAUUCAUUAAUUUUAUGUAAAAUUUUAUCAUAUAUACCAGAAACAUCCGGUAUUAUAUCAACAAAUGUUUUAAUAUUAUUUAGUAUUGAUCGUAUAAUUACUGUAUUUAAUCCAAUUAAAUUUCGUGGUGAUCGUUAUUUAUAUAUAACUUAUAUUGGUAUAUUAAGUAUAUAUAUUAUUGGUAUAAUAUUAUAUUUACCAACAGCAAUUCAUUCAGGUAUUGUAUUAAAUUCAAAUAAUUAUACAAUAUGUCAAUUUGUUGAUCCAUUAAAAUUUAGUGUACAAUAUAAUUUAUAUUUAUCUAAUAUUGGUGCUACUAUUAUACCAACUAUAAUAGCAUUUAUUACAACAAUUAUAAUUACAUUAAAAUUACGUCGUUUAUUUAAAGAACGUUAUAUUAUGUGUCAAUAUUAUGAUCGUCAUAAUAAUUCAAAUGAAUUACGUCGUAUUGCUGGACAUUUAACUAUGACAACAAUAUUUUUUAUAUUAAAUAUACCAUUAAUUAUUGUUGUAUUAUUAAGACAACAUUCAGAUUAUAGUUAUUAUCAUUUAAUAUAUCCUAAUUAUACUAAUCAAUUAAAACAUUUAUCAAAAUUAUUUAGUUCUAUUAAAUCAAUUAAUGCUGCUAUGGAAUUUCCUACAUUUUUUAUAUUUUUAUCAUCAUUUCGUCAACAUUUUUAUUAUUUAUGUUGUCAUAAAAAAAAACAAAAAAAAACAAAUUUAAAAGAUAUUUUUAAAUUAAAUAAUAUACAAGAAAAAUGGAAAAUAAUUUUAAAACGAAAUUAUGUAAAAUCAGAUACUACUACUACUACUAAUACUAAUACUAAUAAUAAUAAUAAUAAUAAUAAUAAUCGAUCCAUGGAUAAGAUCUAUCAUACAAAUCGAAACGUACAGUGAUCAAUUAUUGAUUACCUGGAAAAGGUACUUCUGAGUAUACAAAAAAAAACGAGACAAAAAAAAGAAAAAUAUAAUAAAGUUUUUCCUUUAUUUCUCAUUACUGUAUUAUUAUUAUAUAUGAAAAUUAUAUUUGAAAUAAUCU